GCCCGCCGCACCCAAUAAGAAAGCUGCACCCAAGAAGCCCGCUGCCCACCCAAUGUACAAGGACAUGAUUGCCUCUGCCAUCUCGGAACUCAAGAACAAGGGAGGAAGCUCAAAGCUUGCCAUCUCCAAGUACAUCGUCAGCAACUACAACGUCGGUGACAAGAUUGAUUCUCACCUCAAGACUGCCCUUCUCCGAGGGCUCGCUUCGGGAGCUCUGGUCAAAAAGACCGGACUCGGCUGUUCUGGUUCAUUCAAGCUGGCCAAACCUGUUACUGCACCCAAAAAGGCUGCACCCAAGAAGAAGAAGCCCGUCACCCCAAAGAAGAAAGUCGCCCCCAAGAAGAAGGUAGCCCCCAAGAAGAAGGUAGCCCCCAAGAAGGCUGCAACUCCCAAAAAGAAGGCUGCCACUCCAAAGAAGAAGGUUGCACCAAAGAAGAAAGCCAAAGUAACCCCCAAGAAGAAUCCUGCCCCCAAGAAGAAGAAGCCCGUCACCCCCAAGAAGAAGGUCGCCCCCAAGAAGAAGGUAGCCCCAAAGAAGAAGGCUGCCACUCCCAAGAAGAAGGUUGCACCAAAGAAGAAAGCCAAAGUAACCCCCAAGAAGAAGCCUGCCCCCAAGAAGAAGAAGCCUGCUGCCAAGAAGGUAGCAAAGAAAGCCAAAUAAGCGCCUCGCCCCGCUUUUUUGCUUUCCCAAGGCCUCGGGGACCCGAUGUCCCGGUACGAGGUUUUACCCCUAACGGCUUUCAUA